UUUCUUUUUCUCCCUCCUUCCUCACCCUCCCUCCUCCCGCCGCUCCCUUUGCCUUCUUCUGUCUUUCUGUUUUUCUCCCCGUCGCCCUCUCGGUUUCUUCCCUCCCUCCCUCCCUCUGGGUUUCCUCCCCCUGCCCUCCCUCCUCCUCGCUCCCCUCCCCCUCAGCCGCUCGCUGCUUCCUAGUCCCCGAGUCGUCGCCACCGCCGCCGCCCGCACCCGCGGCAGGACCGGCCCGCGCGCUCCCCGGGGUGCGCCCACCUCGGUCCCGCGCCCUCCGGGCUCGCAGGGACACCCUCCUCCCCGCGCGUCGCGGCCCCGCCCGGCUCGGCCCCCGCCCCGCGCCGGAGAGCGCCGAGGAUGUGAGUCCUGCCCGCCGCUGCCGGAGCAGCAGCCACUCGCGCGCGGAGCCCGAGCGCAGCGCAGCUCAGCUGCGGGCGCUCGCUGGGUCGCUCGCGCGGGCUGCGCGCUCCUGCCCCAAGCGCUGUCCCUCCCCGGCCUCUCGCCGGCCCCAGCGCUGCGGCAGCCCCGAGGGCCGUCCCCGGCCGGCCAUCCCCGGCCCCAGCGCCGCUGACCCUGUCCUCCGCGGGCGGGGACGCGGGCGGAGGAGGUGCCGCCUCGGAGCCCCCGGACGCGACCAUGUCGGAGGUGCUGCCCUACGGCGACGAGAAGCUGAGCCCCUACGGCGACGGAGGCGACGUGGGCCAGAUCUUCUCAUGCCGCCUGCAGGACACCAACAACUUCUUCGGCGCCGGGCAGAGCAAGCGGCCGCCCAAGCUGGGCCAGAUCGGCCGGAGCAAGCGCGUUGUUAUUGAAGAUGAUAGGAUUGAUGACGUGCUGAAAACCAUGACCGACAAGGCACCUCCUGGUGUCUAACUGCCCCAAAGACAAUGUGUUGAGGGAAAGAAUAAGAAGAGUGGCGGGCUGUGACAGUUACUGACAAAAAGCACGAGAUGGAGAAAGCUCUUUGAAAUUUAUUAUUAGCUUGCUACCUGCGAUGAAAUCAACAACCUGUGUCUCAAGUCAGGGAGACAGAUGAGGUGGGGGGGAGAAGGAGGAGGAGGAGGAGGAGGAGGAGGAGGAGGAGGAGG